UUACUAAUUCGGGACGGGGAAAAGAACACUCAGAGAUAAAACUUCCGAUUUUUAUCCUUUUUCCCUUGGCCUUCUUACAAGAUUUUGACCCCCUAAGAGGGGCGAUCACAUGGCUUCUGCUCCUUCUUCUCAUCAGACUUACGUUCCUAUUCCUUCAGACCCAGGUGGAAAAUGUGAAGACACUGAUGUGAGAUUUUCACCUGUUCCCAUCCAUAUUGUCACCCAUUCAUCUCAACUCCCACCUGAAUUUUUGGAACCCUCUCCUGACGGGCAGUUGGUCAUUGGUUUUGAUUGUGAGGGUGUUGACCUUUGUCGAUAUGGAACUCUCUGUAUCAUGCAGCUUGCCUUUCCAGAUGCCAUAUAUUUGGUCGAUGCUAUUCAGGGUGGGGAGAUGCUCAUGAAAGCUUGUAAGCCUGCACUCGAGUCUAGUUACAUCACAAAGGUCAUUCAUGAUUGCAAACGGGAUAGUGAGGCAUUAUAUUUUCAAUUUGGCAUCAAACUGAACAAUGUUGUUGAUACUCAGAUUGGAUAUUCUCUGCUAGAGGAGCAAGAAGGAAGGACAAGAGCACCAGAUGACUAUAUUUCUUUUGUUAGCCUACUUGCAGAUCCACGUUAUUGUGGUGUAUCAUAUCUUGAGAAGCAAGAAGUACGCAUCCUUCUGAGACAGGAUCCUGAGUUUUGGACGUACAGGCCAUUGUCUGAACUGAUGGUCCGUGCAGCUGCAGAUGAUGUUCGGUUUCUUCUCUGCAUCUACAACAAGAUGAUGGUUAAAUUGAGCCAGCGAUCCUUGUGGCAUCUAGCUGUUCGUGGUGCACUUUAUUGCCGAUGUUUCUGCAUCAAUAACAAUGAGUACGCGGAUUGGCCGCCUAUCCCCCCUAUUCCAGAUUACCUAAUUGUGGAAGGGAAUGUUCUGGAAGAGGAAAUCCUGUCAGUGUUAGAUGUUCCUCCAGGAAAAAUGGGACGUGUCAUCGGAAAAAGAGGAGCUUCUAUCAUGUCAAUCAAGGAAUCUUGCAAUGCAGAGAUUCUCAUCGGAGGUGCCAAGGGACCACCUGACAAGGUCUUCAUCAUUGGACCUGUGAAGCAGGUGAGAAAAGCAGAAGCUAUUUUAAGGGGGAGGAUGCUGGAAAUGUACUGACAGCCUCGAGUGAAAUGGUUCUCUUCACCCUUCAUCUAUGCUAACGCUGAAAUGUUCGGUUCUUCGUUAAGACGCUAUAUAUAUUAUAAAGGGCUUGAUGAUUAAACACAGCCAACCAUAUUAUCUGUGUAAAAUGAUGAUCAAUCAUGUAGAGAAGCUGUUCUCUGAUAAUAUCGGUAAUGCUAUUGGACAUAUUUCCAGAUGAUGAAUCAGGCGUUGUCUCACAAGUUA